AUGCAGAAAGUUGUGCUUGACCGCAUCCACGAAGCACACCAAGGCAUCACGAAAUGCCAACUUCGAGCCAAGGACCGUGUAUACUGGACUUCAAUCAACAGGGACAUUGAAGACCUAGUCCAGCAGUGUUCCAUAUGCCAAGAAACGUCAAGGUCACAUACAAAGGAAACCCUCAUCCCGCAUGAACUUCCUAUACGACCAUGGCAGAAUGUCGGAACUGAUCUUUUCCAUUAUGGAGAAAAUGACUACCUGAUUAUAGCUGACUACUACUCAAAGUUUCCAGUUAUCAGGAAAAUGCCCUUGCAUGUCACAAGCCAAGCUGUGAUCAAGGGAUUGAAGAACUUGUUUUCUGAGUACAGAGUCCCUGAAAUAUCAAAUGGAUUCAUUGAAAGAACUAUUCAGACUGUUAAAAACACCAUCGACAAGGCAAAAAGAAGCAACAAGGAUCCAGAAAUGGCAUUAUUAACCCUACGUACCACACCACUGGAUAGCAAUUUGCCAAGCCCAGCAGAACUUCUGAUCGGGAGGAAGAUGAGGAGAACCUACCCCUUCACCUGCCCACAAAGGAAGGGCAAAAGCAAGAUGUCUAUGAAAACUUCAAGAGGAAGCAAGAUACACAGAAGCAGUAAUACGACCGAGGAACAAAAGACCAGCCAACACUCCUACCAGGCCAAGCUGUUCGAGUUCAAGACCACAUCACUGGAAGAUGAACACCAUGCAGAAGAGUCUACUGGAACUACAUUGAAUAUAGAUAACGAGCAAGAUCAUGUGAGCAAGGUUCCUGAAGUAGUGCCUCAAGAACAAGAAUCAACUUGCGAUGGCACGAGAACAAGAUGUGGCCGUACCAUCAAGAAGCCUAAUAGACUGAACUUAUAA